AUGAGAUCGGAACGCUAUUCAAAUAAAUUUAAAAGAACUCGCGAACUUAUGACACAUGAAAAGAGAAUGAAUGUAUUGGUACAUCAAAAAAAGUCGAGAGAUCAGAGGGACUGUGCCGUCCGCCGUCUGCCGAAGUCGGGGCGAACAAUCGUCCAGGUCGAUCCCGAGCCAGCCUGUUCGUAUCGGGACCGCAGCCUGUUCUCACAUCAUUACCCGCGCCGACGACUACAAAUUUACAUCCAACACAAUGGACUAUCCGCCAUCGAGGCAUCAUUAAGCGAAUGGAAGCAGCUGUGCUGUGAGAUGAGCGAUCGAUUGACUUGUGGACCAGUCGGAGCGAUGGUAAUGGAGCGUGUUUAUGACCAGACCGUCACGGGAACGUGGAACAUCUUCAGGUUGGGAUUCAACUAUCCAGUCCAGAUAAGACGUCCGUACCUGAGGAGGUUUAAACGUCGCGUCGAGCCGGUCCAAUGUAGAGGGAUGAGUGCAUUACGUCUCAUCGUGUGCAGCCGACCUAACUUCAUAAUGGCAAAGUGA